UCCACCCGGAACUAUUAGUCCUGUCAUUUUUAGCCAUCUGUGCUGUGCGCGUUGGCGUGUUUCAUAGAUUAUAUUCUUACUGCUUCACAGAAAUGUUACCUUACUUGUCCCUAAGGCUGCGGUUACUGAACGCUGCCUCCGCGGUGGCAGCCCGGGCUCUGUCCUCCGGCUCUGCGGGGUCCCAGGGACGGUCUCCUGACAUGGCAGAAGGACAUUCGCACUUGCUUGUGAACGAUGUUAGGAAUAGACUGAGGCAGAUAGUGGGAGCUUCAACUAACUGGAGCGACCACCAGCAGGCCCUGCGGGAGCGCGCCUCCCUGACCUCCCAGCUGGCCACGUGCCAGGAAGACCUGCCCGCUCGCAAGAUGAAGGACAGUUACAUCGAGGUCCACCUGCCCCUGGGCAGCCAGCCGGAGCUGCGUGAGAAGUACCUCAACGUCCACAACAGCGUUAGGUUCGGACGAAUCCUUGAAGAUCUUGACAGUUUAGCAGUUCUUAUCUGCUACUCCCACACUAAAAGGGAUACACCUCAGAGAUCUCCGCUGUCCAUAGUCACUGCACUGGUGGACAAAAUCGAUAUGAGGAAAAACAUCAUCUACCCAGACUGCGACAUUAAGUUUACAGGCCAUGUGACCUGGGUGGGCAAGACCUCGAUAGAGGCCAAGAUGCACAUGUCUCAGUACCAUGAUGGUGCCUACAGUCCAGUUUUGGAUGCGACUUUUGUCAUGGUUGCCCGGGACCCAGAGAACAAGAGGGCUGCGUUUGUCAACCCGCUGCAGCCCGACGGCCCAGAGGAGGAGAAGCUCUUCCAGCAAGGAGAGAUUAAUAAGGCGAGGAGGGUGGAGCUGAGCACAGCCUCGCUGCUGAAGGUGGCCCCGACGGCCGAGGAGCGGAAGAUCGUGCACAGCAUGUUCCUGAACACCCUGGACCCCAAGACGGUCAGCUUCCGCAGUCGCGUUCUGCCUGCCAACUCCGUGUGGAUGGAGGACGGCAAGCUGAAGGGGCUGGAGAUCUGCCACCCGCAGGAGCGCAACAUUUUCAACAGGAUAUUCGGGGGUUUCCUCAUGAGAAAGGCCUAUGAACUCGGCUGGGCCAACGCCUGCUCCUACGGGGGGUCCCGGCCGCACCUGGUGGCUGUGGAUGAUAUCCUGUUCCAGAAGCCUGUGGAACUCGGGUCCCUGCUGCUCCUAUCCUCCCAGGUAUGCUACACAGAGGAAAAGUACAUCCAGGUCAGAGUUCACACAGAAGUUUUUGACGCUUUGACCCGGCAGCACAACACUACCAAUGUCUUCCACUUCACGUUCUGCUCGCAGGAGGAGGUUCCAAAGGCCUUCCCUAAGACCUACGGAGAGUCCAUGCUGUACUUGGAUGGGAAGAGGCACUUCGAUGUGACCAUGAAGGGAGUUACAGUUGCCUAGCUGAACGCCAGACGGACAAGAGGAUCCCAGCACACUCCCAGCUCUUUCCAGACUGGAGAGCUGCAAGAUGGGGGGGGGUGACUCCGAGUGCUACAUCAAGGUAUUCAAAGGAACAUUAAAACAGGUUGUACCCCGGGUGGAGAAGGAUGACAUCACCCUGAAUCUCCACCAGGGAAAGAAUGGAACUUCGUCCGGGACAACGUUGCCUUCGUCUCCGGUCAACCGUGUGGGCUUUAUACUACAAGACUUGGGGGAAAAAUGCAAUUCACAGAAGACACAGGAGUACCUGAGUGCUGCUCAGAGGAUCCGACCCCUGUGCUGUCUACCCGCUAUUCUGUUCUCAGCUUUGCCUAUAUUUAUGCAUGAUGCCACUACUGCCCAUAGAGUGACUAAGUGCUAUAUUCCAGAAGCUUUAGGGUUGGGAAGAUUGGUAUGGUUUCCCGAUAAGUCUGUAGCCUCGAGAUUAAAUACAACGAAAUACAUGACCACCUCUAAUCUGAGAUCAUGAGAUACAAUAAUCAAUCAUGCCAGAAACUUUGAUAUAUAAAGUUCUGGCCAAGACAGGAUCUCAUAUCCUCAGACAGGGGACUUGUUACACUCCUUCAGGUUCGUCCCACGUUACGCUGCAGGAAACCAGCUCUGAAUUAUACUGGUCAACAUGUGGCAGGCAAAGGGUUUUCAGCCUUAUAAAGAGAUUGAUAUAAGAGCUCAAUUUUAAGAUUUUUGCUGAAUGUACCACACGGCUCUCAUAUGGUAUGCUUUAAAAAAAAAAAGUUUUUCCUUUUUCCUGUUCUUUAGCGAUGACAAAACUAGACUUGUAUCCUAUUUGGUAUAUUUGAAAACAAUUUACUUUACCUGUAUAACAAGAGGCAAGACGUCCUUGGUGUCUGCAUGUACAACAUGGACAGACUUCCUCUCUGUGUAAGUGGAUCAGAUGUGAGCUUUACAGUUCUUUGUAAUCCCCAAUGAAAAAUAAAAACUUUUUAUAAAAAAA